AUUGAAUAGAUACGGAUCGAGUAUACAAUACGAUCGGAAAGAAGGAAAAGAUCGCGCGAUCGAUCAGAGAGAGAGAGAGAAUUAAGAAUGGGGGGAGGAAGCUGCGGCGGCGGCGGCGGCGCAUCAUCACCGUGCGCUUCCUGCAAACUGCUGAGGCGGCGGUGCGCGAAAGACUGCAUAUUUGCCCCCUAUUUCCCUCCCGACGACCCUCACAAGUUCGCCAUCGUUCACAAAGUUUUUGGCGCAAGCAACGUCAGCAAAAUGCUUCAGGAAAUUCCGGUGCAUCAGAGAGGCGACGCCGUGAGCAGCCUGGUGUACGAGGCGAACGCGAGGAUGAGAGACCCGGUCAACGGCUGCGUGGGCGCCAUCUCAUACCUGCAGAACCAGGUAUCCCAGUUACAGCUCCAGCUGGCCGUGGCUCAGGCCGAGAUACUGCGCCUCCAGCAGCAGCACGCCGCCAUUAUCUUGCCCACCGCGGCUCAGCUCUACUGCCGCGGCGGGGACGACGAUCACAAACCCCGGGUGUCGUCGCCACUGGUUAUGUCAUCAUCAGCAUCUCAGGCCGCCGCCGCAAAUAUGGGCGCAGCUGCUUUGACAAACUUUGGAAGCCUUCAGCCGCUGCAGUACUAAUACUCCGUAUAUGAUUAACUAAUACCUAGCUAAUUACUUGUAUAAUCUGCAGCAUUUUGAUGAAUUAAAUCCUAAUAAUUAAUUAUAGUAAUCAAUUAAGUGUUAUGUAUAAUCAUCAUCAUCAUCAUAUCAUGCACAUUGUACAUUUAAUUGGCUUGGCUGGACCAGGGCCGUUUUUUAGGGGGUUCAAUAGGUUAUCCAGAACAGGGCCCCC